AUGGCCGCGGUGUCCCAGCUGAGCUCGAUUGUGGAGAGUGGCAAGCAUGCUUGCUAUGGCAUCGAAUGGCAGCUUGCCGAUGGCGUUCUUGUGGCAAAAGAGGUCUACAACCCUUCUUGGCGCAUCGAGUAUGCAGCCCGGGCUGGUCUCAAACGCCUUUUCACCACCGAGUCUACCAAGUACACUUUCCAGCCUGGCGAGGGCCUUGUUGGCCAAGUGUUCCAGCAACAGAAGUCUACCUUCGUGCCGGACCUCCAGCGACUCACCGAGGAGGAGGUCCGAGAUAGCAUGUUCGGCGGCUCCUCCUUCGUCUUCAAGCGCACCGCCCUGGCAGUUGAGUAUGGCAUCCAUUCCGCCAUCUUCGUGCCCACGAAGACCGGAGUCAUUGAGGUAGCAGGGCCUGGUGACCUCAUCGUCCCGGCAUUGGUCAAGGUGAUCUCUGAGGGAGGUUGCCCUGAGGCCUGCUACGCCAUCGAGUGGACCAUGGGCAGUGAGGGCGCGCUGAAGGUGAACGAGAGCUACAAUCCGGCUUGGCGUGUGCAAUAUGCAUCUCAAGCAGGCCUACCCGGCCUCUACACCAGCUCCUCCAAGGCUUUGACUUUCCAGCCGGGCGAGGGAGUCGUUGGCCAGGUGUUCCAGGCUGGGAAGGAGCUCUUCGUAAAGGACGUGCAGCAGAUCACCGAACAGGGCCUCCGCGAUGACAUGUUCAGCGGCAACCAGGUGAACUUCCUGCGCGCGGACAUGGCGAAGACCUUCAACAUCCGCUCAGCCGCUUUCGUGCCCCUGCGAUCGGGGGUCCUGGAGCUGGGAUCGAUGAAGCAGCUGGAGAACAUGGCAGCCUUGCGAACGGAGUCUGGCAUGAAGGCCAUCGAAGAGGCCCCAUGUGCCCUUGCCAAAUGA